CAAAUUUCAUCUAGGAAUCAAACAGAUAUGUAAAUUUAUGAAACUCAUGGAAAUUACAUCUCGCGUUCAACCUCAAUCUAACCGCGUCAAACCCUAAAUAAAUAUAUUUCAGUAAUCUCGAAAUCAAAUUCACAAUCGAAACUCUCACCAAGAACACUUUGAUCCAGCUUAAUAAUUUCCAAAAACCAUCAAGAUCUCUAGAAUUCUAGCCACAAUCUGAAUUUCUGGUUCACAAUUUGAUUCUUUUGUCCAAUAAACUAUUCAAAAUCUGUUGUUUAAUGCUGUUGUUCUUCCAUUGAUCCAUUCCACGCUAAUAGGAUUCUGUAAUUAGUUUUUGUAGGAAUUUUCAAUGGGAGCUGAUAAGAAAUGGCUCUUAAUCUUUUUCUCUGCCGCCUUCAUUUCGGUCGUAUUCUUGUUCUUAAUUUCGGGAUUUAGGUCCUCGUAUUACUACUCCUUUUCCCCGCGCAAAUCAUUUGCUUCAGCGGUUCAUCGCGGGCCGGGUUAUCCACCUGCUUUCGCGUACUAUAUUUCGGGUGGCAGGGGCGAUGAGGACCGUAUUUUUAGAUUGUUGCUGGCUGUGUAUCAUCCUAGGAAUAGAUAUUUGCUGCACAUUGCAGCAGAUGGGACUGAUGAAGAGAGGACGAGGCUGGUGGCAUUGGUUAAGUCUGUGGCUGCAGUUCGGGCCUUUGGGAAUGUGGAUGUGAUAGGGAAGCCCGAUCCGGUCACUUACAUGGGGUCCACGAAUAUUGCGGCCGUUCUCAGGGCAGCUUCGAUUUUGUUGAAAUUGGAUGGUGGAUGGGAUUGGUUUAUCACUCUAAGUGCAUUGGAUUAUCCACUGAUUACGCAAGAUGAUUUAUCCCACGCAUUCUCGUCUGUUAAGAGAGGCCUGAAUUUCAUCGAUCACACAAGUGACCUGGGAUGGAAAGAGGGUCAGAGAAUUGAGCCCAUUGUAGUUGACCCAGGUCUUUACUUGGCCCGAAGAACACAAAUAUUUCAUGCAACAGAAAAGAGGCCAGUGCCCAAUGCCUUCAAGGUUUUCACAGGUUCUCCGUGGGUUAUCUUGAGCCGAUCCUUUCUCGAGUUUUGUGUUUUUGGUUGGGAUAAUAUAUCUCGGACCCUUUUAAUGUAUUUUACUAAUGCUGUCUUGUCUCAAGAAGUGUACUUCCAAUCUGUUAUUUGCAAUUCACCGGAGUUUAAAAACACGACAGUGAAUUCUGAUUUAAGAUAUUUUGUCUGGGAUAGCCCUCCUAAGAUGGAGCCCCAUUUCCUUAACACCUCGGAUUAUGAAAAAAUGGUUCAAAGUGGAGCUGCUUUUGCCAGACAAUUUGAAAAAGACAAUCCGGUUCUUGACAUGAUCGAUAAAAAGAUCCUCAAUCGUAAUCGAAAUCAAGUUGUUCCCGGGGCAUGGUGCGCUAGCCCAAAGAGCUGGUUGAAGGAUAAUUGCUCGAGGUGGGGUGAUGUGAAUGUUGUAAGGCCGGGAUCUGAGGUAAAAAAGUUAGAAGAGGUCAUAAAGAAGCUUAACGAUGACUUGAAAUCAAAUUCAAAAACCUGCAGUUGAUAUCAUCUUUUUGAAAGCGUCCUAGACUGGUACUGUACCUUAUCUUUAUAACUUCAAUUCGCAUGCAUUAUUUAGCAAUGACGCACCAUUCUUCUGAUCGAGGGAUUAGGGAUUCUUUGAUGUUUAUGUUGAGAUGAAGCUGAAGGCUCAUGAGAACAUGUUCCACAUUCUUGGACAGUGUUAUUACUGUAAGCUUUGUUUAUGGUCUUGUUGCUGUUUACUGCUCACUAGCAAAUCUCACGGAUCACAUGUGAAGUGGUGAUGAGGGAGGCUAUUUAUACAUAAAGCCAAUUGCAUUGAUGAGUUGUCAAGUUUCAGCAGCAUGACACCAACAGAUGAUUCCAUCUAGGCAUGAAGUUCAGUUCUAUGUUAAUGUUAGUUGGCUUGUUUAUGUAGUUUCUUGGAAGGGUUAUUAGCACAAAAUGUCCCUGCGUUUGAAGUUCAUUGUGCAAAACAUUCCUACUUUACAAAUUUUUUUUUCGUAUUUUCACUCAUGUUUACACCCUUCA